AUGGAAGGGGUGACGAAGUUGAAUGUGGGCCGAAGAAGAAGAGUGCAUGGCAUGACAUUGAAGUUGGGCUAUAUUAUGCGUAAAGGUCCCGUCGGAAAAGAAAAGAAGAACGAAAGACGAGCUCAGUGGGGCUUCUUUCUUUUCAUUCAGACUGGUUCUGCUGAUAAUUGUCCCCCAAAAAGGAUCACAUGCAUUCACAUCACAACUACAAUUACUGCAUUUGGAGUGACAGGAAAACUGUUCCGGAUAGAGGCGGUUAGAGAUAACCCAGAUGCAUGUAUAGGAAAUGAGGAAAGAGGGACCCAAGGAGGCAUGAAAUUGAAGGGAGGGAACAAAGGAGGUCGAUGGGGCAUAGGGUUGUCUGAGGGGAAGAGGGUGAAGAAUGGAGAAACGUGA